AGCGCCCCGCUACGGGGCGGGGCUAAGGACCGGCUCUCCGCCCAGGGGAGGGGCUCGGGCCGGGGCGGUGAAUUGUGGGUUGAGGCCGCAGGAGGUGCCUGAGGCCUGUUUCCCGAGCGAGCGGGGCGGCCGAAAGGCGGAAGCCGGCGUUGGGGCGAGGCUUCGCGGCCGGGGGUAGAGGGAGCGGCAUGGAGGUAGUUAAGUGCCCGGAGCACGGAACCUUGUGCUUUCUGAAGACCGGCGUCCGCGACGGCCCGAAUAAAGGAAAGAGCUUUUACGUGUGCCCGGUGGUCACCUGCAGCUUCGCGCGGGAUUCCGACAUUCCUGUUUCUCAUUGUUUAUUGCAUGAAGACUUUGUGGUAGAGCUUCAGGGUUUGUUCCUACCACAGGGCAAGAAAGAAAAUAGAUUGUUCUUCCGGUGUGUCAGAAGUAAGGCAGAGGGGAAGCAAUGGUGCGGAAAUAUCCCAUGGCAGGAUCCUCAUUCCAAAGAAAAUUCUGUGACCAAAAAGUCUCAGCAUGCCUCUGAACCAUUUCAUUGUUCUUCCUACCAGCAGAGAAACCCAUUCAAGGUCCUUGACAAGAAUCAAGAACCUUCUCUCUGGAAACAGUUCCUUAAAGGUGAAGAUGGGGAAAAGAUGGCUGACAGGAAGCAAAGUGAAAAGGAUCAAAAGAAGAAACAGAAGCCUGACUCUAAGUGCUGGGUGGAGAAGGAGCCCUCCUCUGGCCUUGUUGUGCAGAAACAGCCAUGUGCAGGUCCAGAGCAGCAACGAGGGGAGAAGCCAGAGUCCCAGAGGGACACAGGGAGGAAUGAUGGGAUGCACAAAAGAGACCUUGUUGAGACUAAAUCCGAAGAGUGCCAUGGUAAUGAGCUGAGCAAAACAUCUGUGGCUUCUCAGGAGAAAUCACAGGCUGAGACUCACUGUGUUAAAAACGGACCAGAACCUCUGAGACAAAAGGACAUCGGGCCUUUGCCUCCCGUCGUUCUCAGUCAGAUCUCUAUACACAAGCCCCAGAAAGGGGAACGCCUCAGCAGAAAGCACCUCCAGAGCCAGGAGGCUAGAGAACCGAAGGCAGACGGUGGCCCAGACACACGGACCAUUCAGAGGGGGCAGCUCCAGGAGCACGUCCAGGUGCAGCCGGUGCCUCGGGAUGUGCCUGCUCCAAAAGGCCCAGCCGCUCAGCCAGCAGUGCUGGCUGCAGGGCAUACCCUGGGACGGAGGCAGGAGACCUACACAAGUGGUAGUAAGGGUGGGGAUGACGUUGCUGGCUUUGUUUCCUCUAAGCCUCCCUUGUUCUUGGACUUGAGUCUGAACUCACAGAAGGAGACCAUGAAAGUGCCUAGUCAGAGUGUGCAAAGAAAAAUAUCUCCUGCUUCAGGUGUUUCCAAGAAAGAGGAACCUCCAGACCUAGCAGCCCAGCGUGUGUCCCUCGCAACACAACUGAAACAGAAGAAGAGCACACUGGCAUCAGUGAACAUCCAGGCUCUUCCAGACCAGGGGCAGAGGUUGCUUAAGCAGAUCGAGGAGUUGGAGGAAGCCCUUGGUGCUCUUGCCCUCCCUCCAGAGCAAGACACUAAUGAGAAGAGUACCACUCAAGUACCACAGCUGAGUAACUGCACCCGAACUACCACAGACUCUCCCGACUUGGUGCCUCCCAAGCCCCCGCAGAGGCAGGAUCUCCAGCCUCUGGCUUCUGUGGGAAGACAGGCUGCCUGCCAGGUAGCUGUGGGAGCACCCAGUCAGUGCUACAGAGGCUGUACAAACCAACGUGGCCCUCCUGCAGUGUGGAAAAUCAUAAGCGAAGCCAUUGAUGAGCUGCAUCGAUCACUUGAGUCACGUCCUGGUGACACUGCUGUGGCAGAGGACCCAGAUGGGCUGAAGGUCCCUUUGCUACUACACCAGAAGCAGGCAUUAGCCUGGUUACUAUGGCGGGAAAGCCAGAAACCACAUGGAGGAAUAUUGGCUGAUGAUAUGGGAUUAGGAAAAACCCUGACAAUGAUUGCUCUCAUCCUGGCCCAGAGGAAUCGAGAGAAAAACAAAGAGAAGAAUAAAAACACAGCUUUGACUUGGCUUUCCAAAGAUGACUCCUCUGAGUUCACUUCCUGUGGAACGCUAAUCAUCUGUCCAGCUUCCCUGAUCCAUCAUUGGAAAAAGGAAGUAGAGAAACACGUGAGCAACAACAGACUGCGAGUGUGUCUCUAUCAUGGGCCAAACCGGGAGCAACGUGCAAAAGUCCUGUCUACAUACGACAUCGUGAUCACUACCUAUAGCCUUCUGGCCAAGGAGGUUCCCACAAAGAAGCAAGAGGAAGUGAUCCCAGGUGCAAAGCUCAGUGUGGAGGGUAUUUCAACACCUUUGCUUCGAAUAGUCUGGGCUCGAAUCAUACUGGAUGAAGCUCACAGUGUUAAGAAUCCCCGCGUGCAGACAUCCAUAGCAGUCUGUAAACUACAAGCCCACACCCGCUGGGCUGUCACUGGAACCCCCAUUCAAAACAACUUGCUGGACAUGUAUUCACUGUUGAAAUUUCUCCAUUGUUCUCCAUUUGAUGAGUACGAUCUGUGGAAGAGUCAGGUUGACACUGGUUCAGAGAAAGGAAGAGAACGGUUAAGUAUUUUAACCAAGAGCCUAUUGCUGAGGAGAACAAAAGACCAGCUGGACUCCACUGGCAAGCCCUUGGUGCUGCUGCCCCAGCGUAAAUUUCAGCUGCACCAUUUAAAGCUUUCUGAAGAUGAAGAGGCUGUUUACAGUGUCCUUUUUGCAAGAUCAAGGUCAGCUCUGCAAUCCUAUCUAAAAGUGGGGUAUGAAAGUGAAGGCAGCCCAUCUGGAAGAAUCCCUGAUAAUCCAUUCAGCAGAGUGGUAGAGGAAUUUGGGUCCAGUGGGCCCGGACAGGCAGUGGCAGCAGGCUCACAGCGGUCCAGCACCGCCCACAUACUGUCGCAGCUGCUAAGACUCCGCCAGUGUUGCUGUCAUCUUUCUCUUCUCAAGUCGGCCCUGGAUCCGACUGAACUGAAAGGUGAAGCCCUGGUUCUUUCCCUGGAAGAGCAGCUCAGUGCUUUGACCCUGUCUGAACUCUGUAACUCAGAGCCGUCUUCCAUCAUUUCCCUUAAUGGUGAAGGUUUCAAGGUGGAGCUUUUUGAAGACACAAGAGGGAGCACCAAGAUUUUAUCUCUUUUGGCAGAAUUGGAGGUGAUCGGAAGAAAUCCAGAGUCCCAAAAGAGUGUCAUUGUCUCUCAGUGGACCAGCAUGCUGAAAGUUGUGGCGUUGCAUCUUAAGAGGCAUGGACUGACUUACGCCACCAUCGAUGGAUCUGUCAACCCCAAACAGAGAAUGGACUUGGUAGAGGCAUUUAACAACUCCAGGGGCCCUCAGAUUAUGCUAAUCUCUCUUUUGGCUGGAGGCGUUGGUCUAAACCUGACUGGAGGAAACCAUCUUUUUCUUCUGGAUAUGCACUGGAAUCCAUCACUUGAAGAUCAAGCCUGUGACCGAAUUUACCGAGUAGGGCAGCAGAAAGAUGUUGUCGUACACAAAUUUGUCUGUGAUGGAACAGUGGAAGAGAAGAUCUUGGAGCUCCAAGAAAGAAAGAAAACUUUGGCCAAACAGGUUCUAUCAGGAUCUGGAAAGUCUGUCACCAAACUCUCCUUGGCUGACCUCAAAGUCCUUUUUGGCAUCUAACUUUCUUUCUAUAGGACUCAGAAUAGUGUCACUACUAGGAUCAGGGAUAAGAGCCUUACCAUGGUCCUUCGAGCUCUCCUUGGCAUUUCCAUUUCACCAUCAAGCCUUAUGCCUCCUCAAAAUGAGGUAUAAUCUUAUUCCUAGAACUGAGGAUUGGUUGUCAUAUUAACCAGUUGGUUAAGAAAUUAUGUUAAUCAAUCAACUUAUUUAAUGAGUGACAUAGAAACCAAUAAAUGAUUACAGAUAAAAGGCUAUGCUCUAGAGUUAGGUAAUUUGGGAAAACAACUGGGAGAAUUGUAUAUAUGGAUCAAUAAAACUCAGGAGGCCCUUUGUUGCCUUUCUCUUCACACCUGAUGGACCCACUCUCACUACCUUUUGUAAUACAGGCUCCAUCCCAUCUCUUCAUUUCCUGCCAGUGAGGCUGGCUGCUCCUAUAAACAUCUUCGGGGUAAGCAGAGAGUGGAUGCCUAUUCCUCUGCAGUUGGCUCCUUUAGAAAGUUCUUCCUCUUAGGUAUAAGAUCAAGCAGGUGCUAUGUGCAUAAAUAAAUGUUUAGUAUUUGCAUCAUUGUAUCAAUUAUUGUUCGGUAGCCUGUAUUUUAGUGUUACUAUAUCAUUUGGUAUUGCUAUCAUGUAGUAUUUGUGUCUUAUAAUUUCAGAUGUAUUAUUUUUUACAGUACAGGCAUACCUUGUUUCA